AUGGCCGAUCGAGAGCAUGGUCUGUCGCGCACUCUGCCGAAGGAUUUUACCUACCCUUCUGCUGAACCGAGAACCCCAGAGCGCUCGUCAUUGAUACGGCUGGAUGCACCGCCUCCGCCUCCUAGACAUUCUGCCUCGCGCCUCCGUCCGUCCCGCGUUCGGUCAGGGACCGACCUCUUUGCUCGGGUCAGCCAUGACUUCCCUUUUAGCCCCGUCGCUCCGGAUCUGCCUUUACCCUCUAUUGAGUUUCCUCCUUCUCGUGACGAUACUUCCCAUGGACAUGAGACACUGGUGCCGCCCGAUGACCGUCUUCUCGCACCGCCUCGCGCUCGGGUAGCCCUAAAAACCCCGCCGGCCCAGAUCCGCCCAGACCCAAUUGAAGCGGAGUCGAACUCAUGGUCCACUUGGAAUCCCGGGACUUAUGGAGAUGAGAUUGAACGGCCCAGCUCGGCAUGCUCCAAUGCCUCCGACUCUUCAGUUUCGUCAAGCGAAACAAUUAGCUCUCGACAGUCGGUUGGUGGAAGCUGUACGAGUACCGAAAGUGAUCACUAUGAUCCUUUUUUCCAUAUCGAGCUUACUCCGAAGCGGACGACUGAUUCUUCACCGCUACUCGCCCAAAAGAAACAGCAAAAACAGACAAAAACACGAGAACGAUGGACAUUGGAUAUGGACAACCAUCUAUGGAAUACCUACCAGCUAUAUAUCCAAGACCCCACAAUUACACCCUUCAAAAUGACUCCAGGCAGUAUCCCGCCUCUCGGUGUUACCCAUAGAGUGGCACGGCAAGCAAAAAGAACCUGGGAAAGAAAAUCGACCCGGCUUGACAAGCAAUUCAUCUCUGGGGAUACUUCGCCCGGGAGCGGCGAAUCAACUCCCACAGCAAAAGAUCAUGCGCCAAAGCCAUCGUGGCCCAAGUCGGAAGCCUCAACCCGACGACGGCUUAAAUAUCUGAGCAAGAGGAAGUUCUCUAUUGCUCCCCACUACCAGAGGAUGAUGCAGUCCCGGAGCCCGGAACCGUUCCCAGAUCUGUUCUCGCAACCUUCCGACGUAACGCCGGCAGCGAGCGCCCCUGUCAACACCUCAGCUGCCUAUGCGACCCGAGAUCUGGGCGUUUCGCUCGUAUCAAGCUCCGUUCCUGGUCCAUUGGCUCAACUAGCAGCCCAAGAUCCGCUGCCACCAAGUGCUGCUGUUAUUCCUCGACCACAAAUCCCCGGUAGCCCUCAACCUGAUUUGGGAGACCCGCUGCCAACAAAGUCAUCUAGUAUCGACGGAACCGAGGUACCCAGACUGGGAUCCCCAUUCUCGUACCAUACCUGGGGCCCGAACAAUGUUAGGAAAAGAAACCAGCGCCAUACCCCUAGAGCCCGACGUGAGACAAUACAUGUUACAGGCUCACGUUUGCGAUCUCCCCCCCGAAUGGACCCUCUUGUCAACUUUGCUGAUAGCAACGGCUCGAGCUCUAAUGUACCCACCGAGUCACCAGCAGAGGAAGAGACUCGUCGCAAUUUAGAAGAGCUCUUCCGUCAGGGGAAGCUUAACGAUCUUGGUCACCGUCGUGUUCGAAUACGAAACCGCGGAGCAACCACCAGUGCAGCAGUUACGCCCAAGAGUCUCGACCAGCUGUUCUCCCCUCCUUCGUCUUCAUCUCGUAGUGAAGAAACCCCUGCGCCUGAGAAACCAAUGCCAAAUCCGGUCGCUAGUUUGAGCGGUGAGCAUAUAAAACGAUUGGGCUCUCCUUUUAAAAUGGAAGGUUACAGACGCACCGCGCCCCCAGGCAGGAUCUCAAGACAUGCGCCCUCUCUCUCCGAUCCCUUUGCUAGUGGUGCGCUUCCUCGGUUCCGGUCAUUGAACCAGCAUGCGCCCUCUCGAAGUCAAGCUUCUGCGAGUGGGCUCCCGUAUGACGCGACGGAGGCAGGCAUUUCGGACGCCGAGCGCAUCCGAAGACAGAUUCUGAAUAUGUCUUACAUAAGGCAAUAA